GUAUCACAACUUUUUAUUCAAAGUCUCACACUGUUGGUGCAGGCAGAUAGUAGAGAUAAACAGAACCCAGUCUCUGAUAGUCCUCAUAAAAUAAGAAUUCCUCAGAAUCUGGUGCGCUAUUGUCCACUGCCGUUUAUAAUAUUUGGGACGUUGCCAGCGCCAGGAGCUCCUGGUAAUCUGAGCGGGUCAGAUGUCCCAGUGGCCUCAACAUGAACCAGCUUUACUGAGCAGAGGAAUGGCAGCACCCCGUAGGCGUUGCCCCAGUCUGGCGUCCAUGGAGAUGGACGCGGAAACCCCUUGCGCAAGCGUACUUUGAGAAGUCGAGGGCACCCUACUUUGGGCGGGGCGAGCUCAGAGUGCGCCUGCGCACUGCGGUUUGUGAGCCGUAGUCUCCAGAGCGCUAAGGUGUUUCGGUCGCUUGCGGCCAGCCUCGCCUCCAAACCCGGUGUUGUUGGACUGCAUCCGGAGCGGGGACAUUGGCGGACCACCAGACGCGGCCACCAUGCCGAUCAAUAAAUCAGAGAAGCCAGAAAGCUGCGACAACGUGAAGGUAGUUGUCAGGUGCCGACCUCUCAACGAGAGAGAGAAAUCAAUGUGCUACAGACAGGCCGUCAGCGUGGAUGAAAUGCGGGGGACUAUCACCGUCCAUAAGACCGACUCUUCCAACGAACCUCCGAAGACAUUUACUUUCGAUACUGUUUUUGGACCAGAGAGUAAACAACUUGAUGUAUAUAACUUGACUGCAAGACCAAUUAUUGAUUCUGUCCUGGAAGGCUACAAUGGGACCAUUUUUGCAUAUGGACAGACUGGGACAGGCAAGACUUUCACCAUGGAAGGUGUUCGAGCAGUGCCGGGGCUCAGAGGGGUCAUCCCCAACUCAUUUGCUCACAUAUUUGGUCAUAUCGCAAAAGCAGAGGGCGACACAAGGUUUCUGGUUCGAGUGUCAUACUUAGAGAUAUAUAAUGAAGAAGUCCGAGACCUUCUGGGUAAAGAUCAGACACAGAGGUUGGAGGUUAAAGAAAGGCCUGACGUGGGAGUAUAUAUCAAAGAUUUAUCAGCAUAUGUAGUCAACAAUGCUGACGACAUGGAUAGAAUCAUGACUCUGGGCCACAAAAACCGUUCCGUUGGUGCGACCAAUAUGAACGAGCACAGUUCCCGAUCGCACGCCAUCUUCACAAUUACAAUCGAGUGCAGCGAGAAAGGCGUGGAUGGAAACAUGCACGUCAGGAUGGGGAAGCUCCACCUUGUGGAUCUUGCUGGGUCAGAAAGACAAGCAAAAACUGGAGCCACAGGGCAGCGCCUCAAAGAAGCUACCAAAAUCAACCUUUCAUUGUCUACCUUGGGCAAUGUCAUUUCUGCCUUGGUGGAUGGAAAAAGCACUCAUGUGCCGUAUCGGAACUCUAAACUGACACGUCUCCUGCAGGAUUCCUUAGGAGGGAACUCAAAAACCAUGAUGUGUGCAAAUAUUGGGCCAGCAGAUUAUAAUUAUGAUGAAACCAUCAGUACCUUGCGGUAUGCCAACCGCGCCAAGAACAUUAAAAACAAAGCUAGAAUUAACGAAGACCCAAAGGACGCUCUGCUUCGCCAGUUUCAGAAAGAAAUAGAAGAGCUGAAGAAAAAGCUUGAGGAAGGGGAAGAAGUGUCAGGCUCUGACAUCAGUGGGUCAGAGGAGGAUGACAACGAGGAGGGUGAACUUGGAGAAGAUGGAGAAAAAAGGAAAAAGAGAAGGGGCAGUAGCAGCAGCAGUAGCUCAGACUCCACAUGUUCUGUCAUAGAGAAGCCCCUGGAUGAGUUCUUGCCUCGUAAAAAGAAAGUUUCCCCAGAUAAGAUGAUGGAAAUGCAAGCGAAAAUUGAUGAGGAGAGAAAAGCACUGGAAACCAAACUCGACAUGGAGGAAGAAGAAAGAAACAAGGCUAGAGCUGAGCUGGAGCGACGGGAGAAGGACCUUCUGAAAGCCCAACAAGAGCAUCAGUCUUUGCUGGAAAAACUGUCUGCGCUGGAGAAGAAGGUGAUUGUCGGUGGUGUGGACUUGUUGGCCAAAGCUGAGGAGCAAGAGAAGCUUCUCGAGGAGUCCAAUAUGGAGCUGGAGGAGCGGAGGAAAAGAGCUGAGCAACUUCGGAAAGAACUAGAGGAAAAAGAGCAAGAACGCUUGGACAUCGAGGAAAAAUAUACCAGUCUGCAAGAGGAGGCACAAGGAAAGACCAAGAAAUUAAAGAAAGUCUGGACCAUGCUGAUGGCUGCAAAGUCAGAGAUGGCUGAUCUCCAGCAAGAGCAUCAGAGGGAAAUUGAAGGCCUCCUGGAGAACAUUCGGCAGCUCAGCCGUGAGCUCCGACUUCAGAUGCUCAUCAUUGAUAACUUCAUACCUCAGGACUACCAGGAAAUGAUUGAAAACUACGUCCACUGGAAUGAAGACAUAGGAGAAUGGCAGCUGAAAUGUGUGGCCUACACAGGAAAUAACAUGAGGAAACAAACUCCAGUCCCUGACAAGAAGGAGAGAGACCCAUUUGAAGUAGACCUUUCCCACGUGUACCUCGCCUAUACAGAGGAGAGUUUGCGUCAGUCUCUGAUGAAGUUAGAAAGGCCACGGACCUCCAAGGGAAAGGCCAGGCCAAAGACCGGUAGAAGGUAAAGAAAAUACUUGUGGGCCAACAUAUGAUGCAGACUCUACUCUGUAACAGAAUCCAGGCCUGGAAAAACCCCGUAGUUAUCCUAAGAAAUAAGAAAACAGAGCAGUGCUUCUUGAGAGGCCUGCAGUUGAGUGUGCUGGACAGCAACAAAGAAAGCCCAUGACAGACUCCUAUAGGCUCAGCGCCUGCACCUGGCAAGUGACUGCUUUUCCUGCUUCUCUGAGGCUGCCUGUACUGUUAGCGUCCUCGGAGGAGAUGACCAAGGGGCAUCCCUGAUAAGUUUAGCUGCCACCUGACUGCACCUUGUCUGACCCCGCCUACGCUCAGCUGCUCACCACUCUGGAAUACUGUGCUGUGGCAACCUGCUCUUGUGCUUGCUUUCAGUGACCUACCCUGGAAAAAAUGGGUAGCAGGCGAACCUUGCUAUGUCAAGCAUGGGCAGUGUUGGUCCAUUCCUGGACCCUGACCACAAAAAGUGUUGGCAGUUCAGUCUCUUAGGGAAAACCACUCACCUUGCAUUUUUUUCUUCUCUUAACAGAAAGCGUUCUGCAAAGCCUGAGACCGUAAUUGAUUCUUUACUUCAGUAAAUGUUACAGAAUUAAAGUUACAAUAAUAAUAAUAAAAAGUGAUAUUCUCAUGCCUGGAGAGAAGUCCUUAAUUAAGACACGGAGGACACCUGUAUGUUCACAUAAUAGAAGCUGUCAAUGACGGAGAGAGACUGGAAUAGCAGUUUUCCUAACAUUUUUUAGACUCUUUAGUUUCUGUAACAUGUAAGUGUGCAGCUCAUGACCGCUGGGCAUGGUGCACUGUCUGUCACACGCUCUGCAGGCAGUAAGGGCACUGUGGUUGUUCGUGACUGUGCGUCUCUUAGCUCUGUAUUCAACGCCUGUGGCUCUAGACAAGCAGAGUCUCAGAACAGAACCCAGUCUGUCUUGUUUGCACCCAGCAUAUAGCAGAUCUCCUUGUCCUGUGUCCUGUGCUGGGCUGCUCAUCUGAGCAGAGACUUGGUCCUACACCUGCCUGGCCUGCCUAAGUGCAGCCCAACUUUAUAGGAAUAUUAACUGCAUCUAAGUGUGCAGUGACUGCCUUUAUUGAUCUCCGGUGGGAAAUUGUAAAAUCUGAUAGCUUUUCAGGUUUACAUUUUAAUGCAGUUAAAUACAGUUUGAUCGUGCGCUUCACCUGUCCACCCGCCACUUCUGUCGCUCUGACUCCACACUCAGCCUUUGUUGUUACUGAGUUGACCUCCCACUUCUCCUGAAGCCAGGAGGAGCUAUUUACCUUUGUCAUACACACAUUCUAAAAAAUUCCCCUGGACAUACAGCUUGCAGGCACUCCCCAUCUGCAUUUUAAGUUUGAUGGAAAUAACUAUAAAAAUCGAGACCAGACUCACUUUUCAGAAAAUGAAGCAAAGUCAAAAAUGCCUUUUAAUUUUCAUAUAUAUAUAUAUAUAUAUAUAUAUAUAUAUAUAUUCUCUUCUGAUUUCUUGUAUUGAUUAAUCCAGUUAGAUAGUAUUCUUCUACACAAAAAAGUUACGUCCAUUGUAUAGUGAGAUAAGUUAUAGUAAAUAGAAGGUUUUGGUUUCGUCGUUUACUUAUACAAAUGUUUUGAAGGUCAUGAGCUUCCUAAACCUAAGUUUGGAAUUAUACAAUCCACUCUGAGCUAUUUAUUGCAAAAGUUUUGAGACUUCCCAAGUUAGGAUUAAUCAGAUUGCUACGAUUUUAACAAGUUUGGAUAAACACUGAUUUAUAAUUACAUUGCCCUGUGUGUCUGUGGGUGGCUCAACAGAGAGGUGCAGCCCUGGUGAGGUGGAGGAAGGCAUGGCGGUUCAUUUUCAGCUUUCUUGAAUUGGAGCACUGAGUAUCCUGUAUGUACCGGGUGCUGGUGUGAGCAUGGCCACUGUGGCAGCAUUUUCAAGACAUUUUCAAGGUGUGGCCUGCUGUGACUCGGUGAGCCUUGUGUAUCGCUUGCAAAGGCUCAAGUGAGCCGAGUGUCUUGGUGGCGUCAGAUUUCGCAGCGCAGUGAUGUAAGUUUAACUGUUAGUAAUUAGAAGACUCUGUGCGCCUUCGUCUUAAAGUCCACGUUUCCAUUAUUUAGCAGCUCAGCUGCCCCAGAAGGAAUAGCUGCUGUAAAUUAGGCUAAAGCACGAGAGAAAUUAAAUCUAGUUAAAGUCCAUCACAGUAACAAAAAUAACUCCAUAAACUAAAAAUAUUAGAAACUUGACUAGGCAUCUUGACUUGGUAAUUUUGUUUGCUUGCUUGUUUGUUUUGUUGAAACAGGGUCUCUCUGUGUUAGCCCAGGCUGGCCUGGACUCCUGAUCCUUCUGCCUCAGCCUCAGUUGCUGGAAUUGUGGAUGUAUGGCAUCAUGUCAAGUCACGCACUUAUUAAAGCACUGAUGUUAAAACUCCAAUCAGGCGGACAGUGUUCACUUCUGAAAACCAAACGAAAGUCUGGCCAGGUGGGGAGGUCUGCUGCAGAUGGCUAGGACGCCCACUCUGUCACAGCCGUGCUGUGGCUGCUUCUCCUGCACUGUGUCCUCAUCUACAGUGGAAUAAUUUGUAUUUUCAGUGUUAAUUUCAUGAAUGGAUAGACUUGCUUGCUUAAUGUUUAAAAUAAAUGUACAGAUUUUAAUGAGUGGAACAGAUCUAUAAACAGGCUGUUGAUGCACCCUUUUUCCCUUGGUUUAAGAGUAGUGUUUAUGGGGCUGAGGAUUUAGCUCAGUGGUAGAGCGCUUACCUAGGAAGCACAAGGCCCUGGGUUCGGUCCCCAGCUCCGAAAAAAAAGAACCAAAAAAAAAAAAAAAAAAAAAAAAAGAGUAGUGUUUAUUUAUUUGAAAGGAGCUGUAAUAGGAUGUUACAGCAGGCUCUGCACUUACAUACCCUAACAGUCAGGCCCUCCCCACUCAAUGUCCUCCCCACUUCAGGCUUGGCUGAGAGGAAGGCUCUGCAGCCAGUGUGUGUCCCAGAAUCCUCUGGUAAGCCGUCUCAUUUGUAUUCUGGAAAAGGUGAUUUUCAAAUUUUUGUUUCUGGCAGCCAGAACACCAAGGUUAGUUUGGAAGGAGAGGGGGAAUCGUUACUUCAUCCGCAGCCUGAUUUAGAGUUAUGAUUAUAGUUUCCGCGAUUUCAUUUCCAUUUUAGGUUGCUGUGGCCCUUCCCCCUUUCUCUCUUUGAACUAUUAACAAACAAGGAAUACCUUUUUACUUUUAGAGCUGUGAAUUAAGGAAUGGGCAGAGUUUACAUUUACACACACCUGUGUCUGCCCAGUUUCUUCCCCUUCCCCCUCUUCCCUUUUGAGAUAGAGUCCAAUAUAGUUCAGGCUGGCCACAAACCCUCUGUGUAGCCCAGGUUAGCCUUUAAACUCCUAAUCCUCCUACCUCCACCUGACGAACCACUAUGCCCAGCUUCUCCUCCACCCCUUAACAUAUAUAAUUUUUUCUCUCUUCCUUUUCCUUAAAAUACUAGAACCCAUAGUUCUUCCUAGUGCCUUUGAGCUGCCCCUGCAGUCUGACUAAUUAGAAUCAGUGAAACCCUGAGUAGCGUUACUGUAGUGCUGUUACCGACCAGGAUACAAACUGUACAGAAAGUUUGCUGUGUUAAUACAAAAUCCACAUUUGAGUUGUGUUUUAUGUAUAAAUAUGUACUUGUCCAAGCUGUAUAUAUCAGUGUGUGUGUACAUGCAGCACGGUAAGAUGAGAAAUAAAUGCCUUCCCAACA